AAUUUGUCAUAAUCUGCAAAACAUUACAGCGCUUUGUUUUGGUUUGUCUCGUCUAACCUGUGUGGUCUAAAUUUAGGCAACGAAACCUGUGUUCAAAUUGUUUGCCACAGCUACGGGAACCUUCUGGAGGUUAACAGUGCCUGAUGUGUGAUAUUGCUUUGCUCAUCUUUUUAUGACAAUCGUGAUAAACGUAGUUUUUGAAUAUACGUGAUGGCCACUCCUACGAAGGGUGCUUCGCUUUCAACUCACAGCCAAGAGUUCCCUGAAUUAUGGGAAGAUGAAACUCGCAUGACAUCUUUAUUUGCCCCUUUUCGUGACAGAGAUCUCAACCCACAAGGAUGGGACUCAAAGUUUUCUUUCUGGACAGCAAUGGUAUUAAAAUGGAGCGAAAGAAAAAAUCGCAUUUCCUUCAGUUUAGAUGAAUUAAACAAAGAUUUCAUGCGAAAUGGUCGGAUCCCUGAAUGUCUUCCUACUGUUCUUGAAGAAAUGCAAAGAAGUAGGAGCAUUGUACAGCCAGAAGAAUUCUUAAAGAUGUGCAAUGUACCUGAUUCCUGGCGAGGCUGGAUGUUUGAUAUUGCAGUCAAGAAGCCGGCCUCUUGGACAUUUACUAAGCUAAAAGGCAUGGUUGUUUCCCCUUCCGCUGUAACAAAUCAAACUCAGUUUGUUCACCUUGCUGCCAUUAAGACCAGAUCAGAAGCUAUUUUCUCCUCUGCUGGUGAAGAUUUACGAGGGGAACUUAUGACUAUCCAUAAUUUAUUAUCAGCUUGUGGUAUGGAAAAUGUACCUUCUACUGAUGCCAGGUUUAUAGCAUAUUAUCUACAGUACCAGGGGUAUGCAGCUGUUACUGAUCAAGACAUUGAUAAGACUAAUAAGUCCCAAAUUUUGAUUAAACUUCGAAGCUCAAAUAUGAAGUCAAAGCCAACCAUCACUGAUGUAGAUCGUGGUAUAUAUACUUUGUCUUGUAAUGAAAAAGCUUUAUUACAUUACCUAGAGCGUCUUGAAAACGAAAAGCAAGAUACACUAAAACAAGCAAAAGCUUACCUUGCCAAAGGGAUGAGAUCCACAGCUAAAAGUUGUCUAAGAAAAAAGAAAGAACUUGAGAGGGUUAUAGAGAAGCGAUCCAAUGCAUUAGAUAAUGUUCAAGUUUUAUUGGCAAGAAUUCGAGAUGCUUCCUCUGAUAGCCAGGUUUUGGAGUCGUACCAAGUCGGUGUAGCUGCUCUUAAAAAGACCUUCAAGGCUGCUGGUCUUACAGAGGAUGAUGUUGCUAAUACCAUGGAUGAUGUCAAGGAGGUCCUUGAUACACACAAUGAAAUUCAAGCUCUAUUAGCUGAGCCAGUAGACAGUAACACCGAUGAAGGUUUGGAGGAAGAACUAAGCGAUCUUCUAGCUGAAGAAUCUGCACCUACAUCUGGACCUGGACCAGGUGGAAACCUUGAUGACAGUGAUAAGGAUCUUCAAGAUAGACUCCAGCAACUCCGAUUUAAUGAUAGCCUACCACAGCUGGAUGAGGAGAAAACUCCUAGUUUACUUCAUACUCCCCGAGCUGUUACUUUAGAUGAUUUACCCAGUACACCAAGAAAUAUGCCAACUCCAGAAUACUUUCCUUAAGUAUAAGCAUAAGCAUCCCAAUUUGUCAGUGAAUCAAGAUCUAUAAAAACUGAACUUGUGUACUUUCUGAUCCUGAUCAAAUGGUUGCAUAAUAUAUAAUUUUACUAAUUGGUUGAAAAACAGCCCCAUUUGUUACUAUUUUGUAAAUAUUUAAUCAAUUGAUUGUAAACCUGUUUAUUUUUGCAUUGCACUACAGGAUUAAUAAAUUAUUCUUUUAUGUUA